AUGUCGAUGGGAACUGUGCACGCGAGGGCAGAAGCUGGAUACGAUAUCCGCAAUGCGGUUCGGAAUUUGCGAGCUCACGUUCUCCUUCACCGCCGACCUGAAGCGUCGCUUCGCGCUUCUCUUCGUUGUGGCGCUGCCCGGACUACGUUUGAGGGUCUCUGCGUGGGUGGUUUACAGGCUGCUGGUGAAAUGCAUUUGGAAUGA